AUGUCAGUCAUCAUAGUUGGAGGUGGUAUCAUGGGUGUUUCUACCGCUUAUUAUCUAUCAAAAAGGAAGAUCGACACACUAAUAAUUGAAAAAGAGCAACUUGGAUCUGCAGCAUCUGGGCGAGCUGGGGGGUUCCUUGCUAAGGACUGGUGUUCUCACAAUGAAAUGGAUGUUUUAGCCCAGAACGGUUUUGAUUUGCACAUGAAAUUAGCAGAUGAGUUCGGUAGUGCAUGUGAUUAUAGACGUGUUAAUACGUAUUCUAUAUCAUUAUCUCCUGGGAAAUCUUCCGGCUCUUCAAAUUCACCAUCUUGGGUCAAUGCGAAAGUAAAAGUUUGUUCACUGAUAGGCGACUCUACAACUACUGCACAGGUCCAUCCCAAAAAGCUCACAGAUGAAUUAUUUCGGCGUGCUCAAUAUUUAACAAAUCAGGGAACAAAAUUGAAAAUUGCCCGUGUUAUAGGACUAGAAUUUUCAACAUCGAAUACAUCGGCUCCCAAAGUUAGUGGUGUUAGAGUAAUAGAAUCAUCUACUUCAAAUUCUAAAGUUAUCCCUGCCAGUUUAGUUAUACUUACUACAGGACCAUGGUCAAAGGAAGCUGUUAGUUGGCUACCAUCAGGAUGUUUAAAUCCUAAUGAAUUUCAUGGAAGGCGAGCUCAUAGUAUCAUAUUGAAACCAAAAAUAGAGAAGUCUCCAAUAGAUGCUAAGUGUUUGUUCAUGGAUUAUCAAAAUUCUGAGUUCUCUUGUUCGCCUGAAGUUUAUCCAAGACCUGAUAAUACAGUCUAUGUAUGUGGUCUUGGUGAUGGAGCACCUGUACCGUCUUCAAAGGACCAAGUUGAAAUUGAAUCUUGGCGUUGUAAUCGUUUAAAAGAAAUAGUUACUAGUGUAGUCCCAUCAUUAAAAGAUGCUGAGAUGAUAACAGAAUCUGCUUGUUAUUUGCCGCUAGUGAGUGAUGGCUAUCCUGUUAUUGGUCAAAUUCCUGGUUUAUCCAAUGUUUAUAUUGCCACGGGUAAUUCUUGUUGGGGAAUUCUUACUGGACCUAUAUCUGGACGCCUCUUAACAGCUGUCAUUUUAAGAAAUAAUCCUAAUUUGAUACAGAGCACAAAUCCAAACGUUACCGACCAAAUGGAGCUGGAUGAAAAAAAAGCCCAAGAUGAUUUAUUACAACAACCCGGUAUUGAGUUGUUUAAUCCAGCAAGACUGAUAAAAUAA